AUGGAACAAACUUUGCUGUGUAUUGCAUUUCCCGCAUUUGUUUUCUCAUUGGUUAGCAUCAUAAUAUAUGCUGUUCAUGAUUUGUGCCUGAAACCUAAAUUUCUCCGAGCAAAGCUUUUAAAACAAGGAAUUGCUGGCCCCAAGCCUACACUCAUUAAGGAACUGGCAUCAGAUGCUAUAAUUCACAAUUCGAACGAGACAUUGUCACUUGACUGUCGCUCUGUAGUGCUUCCAGCCUUCCACAUAUCAGCCAAUGGACCAAGCAAUUUGAACAUGCCUAGAGUAGUGCUUGAAUCUGGGAACACACUUGUGAAAUCAUUGGAGAGCUUGGUUGAAAGUGAGGGCGGGAUUGCAGAUGUGAGAGUCGACGACUAUGUAAAGACUUUCACGGAUCUCAUGGAAGUUUCUGGAUCACCGACAGUACUUGUAGAUGGUCGUCCAUUCUAUAGAUAUUUUCCAACCAAGAUGCAUAGACAACAAUGGAGACUAGAAAAGGAGAUAUACCGGAUUAUUCAAAAUUUAGAAAUGAAAUGUAAGAGUGAGGGUGAGGGUGAAGGCAUAAUACACACUCUUGUGGACAGUGCCAAGCAUGGAGAGCUUGAGUCAUCUACACCUCAACAAUUUAUAGUUGAUAACUGCAAGGAGCUUUGCAUUGUAGCAAUGGAAGUUCCCGGCAUCAGUGCAAUUUGGGGUCUGAUGUUACUGGCAUUGCAUCCAGAAUGGCAAGAACGUGCUCGUGCUGAGCAAGAAACGAAGACCCAGGAGAUUAUUUCUGGACGGAAAUUACUUAAAUGGGUCGCCGCCGUCGGACUUAAAUGGGUGUGA